AUGGGCAUUGAUGAGCCCCUGGGUGCUGUAAUUAGCGUGAAGGGAUUUCACUUGCUUGGCAACACCUCUGAGCCCGAGCUGGUGCCAUUCCCAGAGAUACGGCUUGCCAACGGCCCCAGCCGGUGCCAGGGGCGAGUGGAGAUCCUUUACAACGGCUCCUGGGGGACGGUCUGUGAUGAUGACUGGGACAUUGUGGAUGCCAACGUGGUGUGUCGCCAGCUGGGCUGUGGCCACGCCAUCACCCUCCCGGCUGCCAUGACCUUCGGCCAAGGGAGUGGACCCAUCUUCCUGGACAACGUGGACUGCAAGGGCCGGGAGGCAGCCUUGAGCGAGUGCUGGAGCCAUGGCUGGGGCAUCCACAACUGCUACCACUAUGAGGAUGUGGCUGUCAUCUGCAACGAGCUCUCACCCACUCAAGCCAGCGAAGGACCGACGAGCAGGACCCUCACAGCAUCGGUGCAGGAUGGGGAAAGUGACGGCAGCAUCCGUUUGGUGAGCGGGACAGACACUUGCCAAGGCCGGGUGGAGAUCUUCUACCGUGGGAACUGGGGCACCGUCUGUGACGACGACUGGGGUCUGAGCGAUGCCAGCGUGGUGUGCAAGCAGGUGGGCUGUGGCCAAGCCCUGGAUUACAAGAGCAAUGCCUAUUUUGGCUACGGCACGGGGCACAUCCUCCUGGAUAACGUCAACUGUGACGGCAGCGCCCCUUCCCCCCCCCCUUGCUACAGCCCCGGCUGGGCCAUCCACAACUGUGGCCACCACGAGGAUGCUGGGGUCAUCUGCACAGGUACUAGGGUAGAGUAUCACCUUGGGGGGUGGUGGACAUGGGCCACCUCCAUCCCCAUUAUCCUGAAGCAUCCAGACCACCCUACAUCUGCCUCCUGGAGGCUGGACACGUCCACCAUAACGUCCUUCACCACCUCAGUGGCCCUGGACUAUGAAGAGACGCUCACUGCCACAGCCACAGCAGUGACAGACAGCAGGGACCAGCCCUCCCAGGCCACCGAAGUGGUCACCACUGCCCUCCCUACUGUUGAGCAGGAAG